AUGCAGUAUGCAUACAUUACUACAGUUCAGUGUGAAGCCUGGGAAGGUUUGGAGGAAGAAAUUCAAAAAGAUGAUAGAUUAAAGGGUGUUGUGCAAGAUUUAAUAUCAGAUCUUAUAAGCCAUAAAGGGUUCCAGCUAAAAAGAGGAAGGUUGUAUCGUGAAGGCAGAGUGGUCAUUUUCAGAAAUUCACCCAGAAUUUCUUGGAUUCUCCAAGAAUUCUAUGAUAUUGUAGUUGGGGGACAUUCAAGUUACUUAAGAACCUACAAAAGGAUUGCUAGUGUGGUUUAUUGGGAAGGCGUGAGAAGGAAAAUUCAGGAGUAUGUGUAA